AGAAUAUCCCCCACCUUGACGCCCGCCUACUCCCACCCUGCAUUCUGCAUGCAUGCGCAAUCAGCAUCGCUAGAGGAAGCAGCAUUAUUUUUGCUUUCAUUGCCGCCAAAAUAGGUCGAAGACGCAAAAACAAGAAUAAGCCUGGACCGCGUGGCCCUCGCUGGUUUAAUCGCAAAAUGGGCCAGGAAGAGUCCUCUAUGAGUUAUGGCGGCCCGCCCGUAACACUCACUGAGCGGAGCCUUGAUGCUGUCGCCGAGUAUAUCAAGACGGGUCGGAGCAAGCGAAUUGUUGUCUUGACUGGCGCUGGUAUCUCCACUGCUGCUGGAAUCCCCGACUUUCGAUCGCCCGGAACAGGUCUUUAUGCCAACCUUGCCCGCCUCAAUCUGCCUUACGCCGAAGCCGUAUUCGACAUCUCUUACUUUCGCAAUCACCCCGAGCCCUUCUAUGUUCUAGCGAACGAACUAUAUCCAGGGAAAUUCUCUCCGACCGUCUCGCAUGCCUUCAUCGCCCUCCUCGCCCGCAAGGGUCUUCUCCAGAUGCUCUUCACGCAGAACAUCGAUUGCCUUGAGCGCGUAGCUGGAGUACCUUCGGACAAGAUUAUUGAAGCCCAUGGAAGCUUUGCGACACAGCGCUGCAUCGAGUGCAAGGAGGAAUACCCGGAUGAGAAGAUGAAGGAGCACGUCUUUGGAGGCAAGGUUCCUCAUUGCGACAAGGAGGGGUGCAAGGGACUUGUCAAGCCAGAUAUUGUCUUCUUUGGCGAGGCUCUGCCCAAGGCAUUCGACAACAAUACGUAUCAAGUAGCCAUGGCCGACCUAGUUUUGAUCGUGGGUACCAGUCUCACCGUUUACCCCUUCGCUGCUCUCCCAGGCAUGGCGCAAGAGGGCAAGCCCCGUGUGCUUUUCAACAUGGAAAAGGUGGGCCAAAUUGGAACCCGAUCUGAUGAUGUGAUGGAGCUCGGCGAUUGCGAUGCCGGUAUUCGCAAGCUUGCUAAUGCGCUUGGUUGGCGAGACGAGCUUGAGAAGCUCUGGAGACAGACCGUGGGCGAUGCUGAGGCAGAUCGACAGCUCGGCGGUAGAGAGAAGGAUGAUGUACAGGAUGAGGUUGAGCGCUUGGCCGCCGAAGUUGGUGCUGUCGUUAUUGACGAGAGUGACGAAGGCGUGCCAUUGGAAAAAGAGCCCACGAAGCACAAGGAUGGUCCCACUGUUUCGGAAAAGUCAAAGGACGACGACAAGCAACGAGAACCAGAAACAGCUACAGCUACUACAGAUCUGGAAAUUGAUACCAAGGAGACGCCCAAGACUCAACAACCUAAACUAGAUCGAGCCCAAGUUGAGCAGCUCGAAGCCGAAGCAAGCAAGACAGAGUCUUUAGUCACAGAGCCGCCUAAGCCACAAACCCCCGAAGAAGAGCCACCAAAGGCAGAGACAUCAAAGGCAGAGCCUACAAAAGAAGGAACUGUACCAGCAGCUCUCAGCAACGAGGAGAAGUAGUUACUCAUUAAGUACUAUGAGUACAGGUGGGGCGUUCCGACACUUCAAGGUGUACGAAAAUGGGGUCGGUGUAAAAGGUUGCAACUUCCUGCUCAUUAUACACUGAUGGUAGAUGAUUAGAUGAGUUUCUUUAUGUUGAUCACGAUGAAAUGCAAUAGGGUACGGUUACAUAGAUAGUCCACAUUGACUAGAUCAAUGCGAGAGUCAGUCUAAUGAAAGAAUUGGUUUAUCAUUACCAUGCUACUAAGUUCCAUGUUACUUGACAUAUGCUGUAGCUUUUGCUAUAGAGUAUCCGUAUAUAGGAGAAUAUACCUUGAAUCAGACUGGCCCUGAUCUCAUAUCACAUCAUGCUCAUCAUACAGACUGACACCAACUUUACGAAAUAAUGACAAGGAACGAAGAGAAGACACCCCAGGAUCACAUUUGCUUACAGUCCACUGUCGAUCUGUGCCGGGAUAUUUGAAAGUGUCCAGUGUCCCCACUGCCGACACGUCUCAGCCACCACGUUCGGUACACGUAGUUUCUUGACUUGAUCUGGAUUUGUGAGAAACUGCGUGAGAAAUCCUGCCGAGACGUGCCACGCGAUGUGACAAUGGAACGGCCAUACACCUAUGAGCAAAUGCGUGUCAGCACGAUGCAACCAUGACCGCAGAAAGGGGUGAUUAUCAU